CCCUCUCUCGCUCUUUCCUCUCAUGUCUAAACAUUUAUAGUGCAAGCCAUUUUUAAAAAAGUUAUGGACAUCUAUUCCUAUCAUCACUUCAUAUUCAUGCGCCUGCUUUUCCCUUUGAUCCCAUGCCUCCUUCUCUUCUUACUCCCUCUCUCUUUGUCUUAUAAUCUGCUUCCACUUUGCCAUCAACAAGAGAGGGUAGCUCUGAUGCAAUUCAAGGAUAGUUUUAUCAUACAAAACAACUCUUAUUGCAAAUACAGUACUGAGGGGGACUAUCCUGCGGAGGUUGCAUCAUGGAGAAUAGAUGGAAACAAUACCAAUUGUUGUGCUUGGGAUGGGGUUGAAUGCAACCAAGACACUGGUCAUGUCAUCGCCCUCAACCUUAGUAGGAGUUGUCUCUUUGGUUCUAUCACCUCCAACAGUAGUCUCUUCCGCCUUUUUCAUCUUCAAAACCUUACUCUUCGUUAUAAUGACUUCAAUCACUCCCAAAUCCCAUCUGAGAUUGGUAAUCUUUCAAGCCUAACACAUCUCCACCUCUCCUACUCCCAGUUUUCAGGACAAAUCCCCUCUGAAAUUCAAUACCUAUCCAAGUUGUCUUAUCUUCAGCUGUCUUCUUCUUAUGAUGAUUAUAAUGAUUUAUAUACCGAAAGUCUGACAAGUUUAGUGCAAAAUUUAACCAACCUUGAAACGCUUAUGUUUUUUCGUAUCAACAUAUCCUCCACUGUACCUGAAAGCCUGGCAAAUUUAUCUUCUUUAAAAGCUCUAGCUCUGGUUGACUGCGGAUUGUAUGGGCGAUUCCCAACCAAAAUAUUUCAGUUACCACACCUAUGGGGCCUAUCUGUUACAAACAAUGAAGAUCUCACAGGUCAUUUGCCCGAAUUUCAAACAAACUCUCCUCUCAAGUAUUUAUAUCUUAGCAACACAAAUUUCUCUGGUAAUCUACCUGCUUCAAUUGGAAACCUUAAUUUCUUAACUGGCUUCUUAAUUUUCAAUUGUAAUUUUUCAGGAACCAUCCCAAAUUCGUUCAGUAACCUUACCCAACUCACUUACCUAGACCUUUCACAAAACUCAUUCAACGAUUUGUCGUGGCUCACCAGAGCUAGUUCAAACGACAUUCUUCCACAAUUUCAAACUUUACGAUUGGCUCAUCUCAACUUAACCAAGUUCCCAGAUAUAUUACGAAACCAAAGUCAAUUGUGGUGGCUAGAUCUAAAAGGCAACAAUCUCCAAGGCUUGAUACCCAAAUGGAUGCAUAAUGUAAGUAAAGGAUCUCUGCAAUAUUUCUACCUUUCUAACAACUUUCUCACUGGCUUUGAAAAUCCUUCGGCAAUUAUCCCAUGGACAAAUCUAAAAUAUUUUUACCUUGAUAAUAACAUGAUGCAUGGAUCGCUCCCAAUUCCACCACCAUCCCUAGUGGUUUAUUUCGUCAGCAAUAAUUCAUUCACCGGAAGGAUUUCACCAUUUAUUUGCAAUAUGAGUUCACCUAGAGUGCUUGAUUUGUCCUAUAACAAUUUGAGUGGCAUGAUUCAUCCAUGUAUAGGCAACUUGAGUCAAUCUUUGUCAGUGAUACGACUACAAAGUAACAAUUUCGGCAACACCAUCCCAAAAACAUGGGCAAAAGGAUGCGGCUUACAGAUGAUUGACUUAAGUCAAAACCAGUUACAGGGUCGUUUGCCAAGAUCUUUGGCCAACUGUACUGAGCUAGAGUAUCUUCGUGUUAGCGGCAAUCAAAUCAAUGAUACCUCUCCCUUUUGGUUGGGAACUCUUCAACACUUGAAGAUUCUUGAUCUCCAUUCUAAUGGCUUCCACGGUGCAAUAAGGAGUCCGGAAACAAAUUACACAUUCUCCAAUUUGUGUAUCAUUGACCUCUCUCACAACCAUUUUUCUGGGAAUCUAUCUGCGGGAUACUUCGCACAAUGGGAUGCCAUGAAAUCCGUCGGUGCAAAGAGUUUAUAUUACAUGGGGAAUGACAUGGGCUACUAUUCAAUUAUGAUAACGACAAAAGGUGUGGAGUUGGAGUAUAAGAAGAUCCAAGAUGGCCUCACAGUCAUAGAUUUCUCAUGCAACAGAUUUGAAGGAGAUAUUCCUGAAAUACUGGGGAAUCUAGAAGGACUUCGUGUGCUGAACCUUUCCAAUAAUGCUUUCACUGGUCAUAUCCCAUCAUCGUUUGCGAACUUGACAUGGCUAGAAUCAUUAGACCUUUCUCAAAACAAGUUGUUCGGAGAGAUACCUCCAGAAUUAGUCCAGCUCAAUUUCCUUUCAAAAUUUACUGUGUCACAUAAUUGCCUCACCGGACCUAUACCACAGGGGCAACAGUUUGGAACAUUUCCAAAUACUUCAUUCGAAGAUAAUCGAGAACUGUGUGGAAUGCCAUUGUCCAAAAUCUGUGGAGAUUCUAACAUUUCAACACCUCCACCUUCAACCUUUGAAGAGAAUCAAGGUCCAAAAUUGUUCUUUGAAUUUGGUUGGAAAGUAGUUGUGAUGGGAUAUGGAUGUGGAUUCGUAUUUGGAGUUGUUAUCGGGCACAUUGUGACAACCAGAAAGCAAGAUUGGCUCAUCAAGAUUUUUGGCAAGAAGAAACACCAAACUCGAAUAAUCCGGGUGAAUCGUCGGGUGAAUCUAAUUAAUGUGGUUUAUAAUGCACAAAUAGAUCUCCGUGAUGAUGAUAAGCACUAUUUGGCUGAUCACCCAGGAUUGAUGCCUGUGACAACUGCACAGGGUGUGGAACUCUCAAAACAGAUUGGUGCUACAUAUUAUACAGAAUGCAGCUCAAGAACUCAGCAGGGGCAACAGUUUGGAACAUUUCCAAAUACUUCAUUCGAAGGUAAUCGAGGACUGUGUGGAAAGCCGUUGUCCAAAAUCUGUGGAGAAUCUGACAUUUCAACACCUCCACCUUCAACCUUUGAAGAGAAUCAAGGUCCAAAAUUGUUCUUUGAAUUUGGUUGGAAAGUAGUUGUGAUGGGAUAUGGAUGUGGAUUCGUAUUUGGAGUUGUUAUCGGGCACAUUGUGACAACCAGAAAGCAAGAUUGGCUCAUCAAGAUUUUUGGCAAGAAGCAACACCAAACUCGAAUAAGCCGAGUGAAUCGUCGGGUGAAUCGUAGGAAAGGUUGUUUAGAUGUUUGUGAGGAUGAUGUUAUUGUGCAUAGUCCAAGAGCUGUGGAUCAAGAAAAUGGAAGAAAUGUGGGUGCGUGUUCAGGACAGAGUUGUAUUUUACCACAGCAUGUAAUUUCUGAGCAUAAAAAUGUUAUGAGCAGUUCAGUACUAGCAGAGAAUGGUCUAUCUCCUUCGCUUUCAUUGGUGACGGGGACAGCCCUAUAUGCAAUCAAAGAUGCUAUCAAGCUUUUAAUACUACAUUACUCAUCUGCUAUUGCUGCAUAUGCUUAUGCAGUUGAGGAUAUAUUCUUGAACUAUACAAAGUAUACUUGUUUAUUAUGGCAAUGCCUUCCAGUUUCCUUUUUAGCUAACGUGUUCCCUCCCUCAUCCUCUCUUUCUCAGGUUCCUCCAAGUGCAGUUACAUCUAUUAUUCUUGAACAAGCUGUGGUUUACUCUCAUUGA